GUCACUGUCAAUUACUUUUGUGUCAAAGUUUUUUGUUGAUGAAACCGCCGCCCGUUUCUUUAUAUAUGUUAUAACUUUGGCUGUUGUUUAUUUAAACUAUUUCUCUAUUCUUAUAGAAUGAGAUAACACAUACAAAUGGAGGAAUCAAGCGAUAAUCCUAAAGAUGUUGUUUCUAAUAAUACUAACCAAGCAAGUGCUACUAAGAAUAAACAAAAAACUCGGCCUGUUAAACGGAAACGUGGAAGCAGUAGUGAAUCUGAAAAUGAGCUGCCUGAUAACAUCCUGGAGACUGAGCGGAGCGUGCAUGCAUCAGCAGUCAAAAAUAACUUGGACGAAAGAGAUGUCAGAAAGAUUUUAAAGAAAGUGGUUGCAAAUGACCGUGUUUUGGCGAUGGUUAAACUCAGAGAGGAAGAGGAAAAUGAACUCAGUUCUAAUAUUGAACCUAAACCCGUAACAAUGACUCGCUUAAAGACAAAAGAACUUAUGAAAGUAUCGCCUAAAACAGUUGUAUUUAAUUAUAAUUUGACGCCUAUAAAGCAUAUUCCGGUAAAGACGCGACCGGAAGUAACGGCCUUGAUAGCCCAAGAUCUCCCUGAAGACGAGGAUGAUGAUGAGUACAAGCCCACACAAGAGGAUGUGCCUAGUGAUGACGAUCAAACGCUGGAAUCGUGCAGCGACGUGGAGUCUCAGCCGCGCACGCCAGCUACACCAAUACAUCCAGACGCAUCCAGUCCUAAAGUGGUGAAAGAUGGGCCAUUUAAAAUACCUCAGAACAUAGCAACUAAAAGAAAGUUGGAUCUCGAAGAAGAGGAAGCGACGAUAGCGCGCCGCACCCGCUCCAAAUUGUCUCUGUCCUCUACGUCCAUAGAGCAUAUAGAGAGUACAUUCAUACCGCCAGACGACAUACCGAUGCCCGCCGUAGACGAUCUGUGGAACCAGUUCCUGAACGAGUGUUUGAACCCAGCCUCCACUUCCAAACACGAGGAUGAUGAUGAAGCGGAUCCGGAGUAUAACGUCGCUGCAGAUCCUGAUGCAGUCGAGGAAGACGAAGAAAACCUCAGUAAUAGUAUAAUAAAGAUAUCUCAGAAGGAGCUGAACGAUCUAGUGACUGAGUUGAUAGCUGUAAUGCCGCCGGAAACGGACGAGAACUUGGCCGAGAAUCUCGUGAACUCAGUCCUCACUGACACUAGUCAAAGCGAGAUUACACGGUGGGAAGGUAAGCAGGAACCAACAUCAGACGAGGAUGCAACAGAAACUAUAUCAAACAGAUUGCAAGCCGAGAAAACGAAUGCAUUCGCUAACAAUUCAUUUGGUAAAACUGAACCCAAGGACUACGAUGAACAUAAUGAUGUUGAGCAAAAUAAUGCAACCAAUGUAGAAAAGAUUGAAGUAAUUUGUGAGAAACAUGACGUAAUUGAGGACAAGAAUGAUCAAAAUGAUGAUAAGAUUGACGAAAGCGUCAGGCAUGAUGGAAAUACGAACAGGAAUAAUGAAAGUGUGCACAUAAAUGAUGUAAAUAAACCGACUGAUGAUGAUAGUGAAGGAGAAAUGAUUAUCAUCGAGGUGAAAAAUGAGGAUAUGAGGUAUCCGAUGGAAAUUAAUGGACCUUCUGGUAUAACAAUGGCUGCGACCGUAUCAGAACAAGCAACAAUACCGCCUCCCAACGAUUCAGCGCCGCCGCUCAUACGACAAAUGAUGGACGAUCAACAAUCUCAACCAGUGACGCAGAUCGUGGUAGUGGAAAUGGAACCUGAAUUCGUGAUAUUACCAGAACAAAUUCAGAUUUUUCAACAACAGUUAAGACAACACAUACAGUUGGCCACGAGUAACUUCUUACAGCUGUAUAUCCAUCCCAUUCAUUGGCAGUACGCACCAACCUACAAGGAAUAUGUGGAAUCGUUUGUGAAAAUGUGCCGAACAAAACCGAACUCCGUAGCUAACGUGUGCAAUUUGAACCCCGCGCUCGAGCUGAUAUUGUCGUGGGAGUCCACCGUGUCCGCGAACACUCCUGAAAACAAGGCGUUGGUCAAAUUUAUUGAAGUUGAAUCAGAGAAGUGUCGCCACCGCAACAUGAACCACUGCACGACGGUGGGCGACUUCCCCGAGCCGGUGCGGCGCGUGGUGGCCAACAGCGCGGUGUUCCUCUACCCGCACCUGCUGCCGCCCACGCCCUACAAGCCGGACCACACUAAGCGCUUCUCCUACAUCGUGCCCGAGGACAAUUUAAUAGCCCUCGGACUCUCAGAGUUCUGGGACUACGUAGAAAGCAACAAGAAGUUAUUCAAGAUCCGUCAGUCAUCGAAGAGUUCGAAACGGCGCGCCGGCUUGACAGUCGCCAUCGAACAGAUGGUCAAAUACAUGUUCCCGUGGAUGACGCCGCGACACGUGAUGAUGCACGUGCAGCACAUAAAGAAACACGGUCAUUCCGAGAACGCUAUUAAUAUAUUCUUUAAGAAGAACAAAGUGGUGCCGGUGAAGCACAAACUCCUUUCCUUCAACCCUCAAAUGACGCUGUACGAGCAUCCGGAGAACGAGAUACCGCGCCCGUGGCUCAGAUAUCUCGCCAAAACUAGCAAUAGGUUCAAGAAAUGCUUCACUCGGACCGAUCAUAUAUUGCAACCGACAACAGGCGUGCCAGUAGAACUAGGGAAGCUCGCUGAAGUUCCCAAGAAAAAUCCGUUAUCCAUAGACUUUACUCAGAAUAUAGCCACGGGUUUGCCAAAUACAAAUUUGCAGGACAAAUUUGACAUAAACGUAAACAAUCCGAAGCAGGAUCAUUUAGUGGCAACGAAUUUGUUUAGCGUCAUUCAGACUAAUACUGGAAUUGCCCUCAUACCUCUCAUAGUUCAGGAUACCAAUGUGGUGGCUUCACAAGUCGGACCUAUAACGACCCCUGCUGAGGUCCAAAGUAACAUUGUAGUGACUCCUAUCGUACAAGAAGCAACACAAGACAACGUUACGAUUGAACCAGAAAAAUCAAAAGAAAAAAUAACAAAAAAUGUGGAUGGAGAUCACUGUGAAUGCUGUGUUAUGUUAAGAAAAAUAUGCAAUGGACCUAAAUUGAUAACUGACUAUUUCCAAUUAAAGAAUCCGUCGAAAAAAGAAUGUCAGUGUAGAAACAGGAAGUACCCUAAUGUUUCGAAUCGGUUAAAAUUGCUUUUAAGGCUGUACAAGUCGCAAAGCGGUUUUAUGUUCAAAGAAUUAGUACAUAAGUUAAAGAAUGAUUCCAAAUGUGCUCUGAAUGAUUACGAUAUGGAUGAUUUUGAAUAUGCAGUAUUAUUUCAAAUGAAGUUCAUAACACGUUUGACUGUAAUGUUGAGACAUGCGUCGUUCAAAAGACGUAUUUACACGUUGUUUAAUGAAUUUAACGUCGAUACAGACGAUCCAGUGAAGUUAGCGCAAAAGAUUCAAAACAGUUUUAAGAAAGACCUCUGUGACUUAUAUAUUGAGUUCUUGGGCUUUCUGACGGCUCAACAGGCGGAAAGACUCGGCGUGUUCCGCCAUUACCUUGUUAGUUAUAUUAAUUGUAUAAUGAAGAGGAUUGAUGAAGAAAUUUCGGACAUAGAAAGGCGGAAAUCUAUACUUACAAAAUUAAAGCAAUGCGUCAAUAACUUACAGAAAUUGACCACGUGUCAAAUGUGUAAGAGUUUGCUGGUAGAAUUAAAAGAUUACCCACGGGUGGCGCAAUAUAUAUUCUCACUCUUCCCACACAAAAAAUGUACGCCACAGAAAGUAACUCUGGAAACCGUAAGGACUAAUGAUAAGCCAACAGCGCCAUCUAAUGAGCCAAUAGUGAUACCUGAUGAGCCAAUAGUGAUACCUGAUGUGCCAGCAGCACAACCUGAUGAGCCAAUAGUGAUACCUGAUGUGCCAGCAGCACAACCUGAUGAGCCAAUAGUGAUACCUGAUGAGCCAAUAGUGAUACCUGAUGAGCCAGUAGCACAACCUAAUGAGCCAGUAGCACAGCCUGAUGAGCCAAUAGUGAUAUCUGAUGAGCCAGCAGCACAACCAGACGAGCCAACAGCACAACCUGAUGAGCCAACAGCGCCAACUGAUGAGCCAAUAACGAUGAAUCAAGAAGAUGAGGCUAUGUCAAGUAGCGAUUGUGAAAAUUCCGAGCAAGAACCAGUCAUAGUUGGAACAUUCAAUGAACGUCAAAUCGAACUGGAAGUUGUGAAACAGGAGCCAGUGUCAGAGGAAGAAUCGACUAAUGUUAUAUCAACAGCACUCAACGAGGAAUCCCUUGACGACUCGCGGGAAACACCCGAUAACACCAUGGUCAUAGUGGAAGAUGAUACUCAAACUGAUAACCAGGAAUGGUCGAGAGAAGACGAUAAAUUACUACUAGAGAUUAUCAAGAAGUACUUGGCCACAGAAGAAUCAAAAAAUAAAUCGAUAUUUAAAACAUUGCAAGAAAAUAAAGUGUAUGAGUUAAUUGCUGAACGUUUGACUGAGAAAUCCAUGGAUAAUAUUGUGCAAAGAGUCAUUUACUUGUUAGAAGUUUUAGUUGUAAAUAAUAGUUGACAUUAUUAUCGAUAUAAACUGUUAAGACUUUUUUAUAGCAAUGUGAAAUAAAUUAUUUCAUCUAUACAUA